CACAUCAAAACAGCAGCAGAUCUAAGAGCAAAGGAAAUGGCCGACAGCAACGUUAAGGUGUUGGGAACAUGGUCAAGCCCAUUCGUGAUGAGGGUCAGAAUCGCCCUUCACCUCAAAUCCCUCAACUACGAGUUUGUAGAAGAAAAUAUGAUGCAAGGAAAAAGCGAGCUUCUUCUCAAAUCAAACCCCGUUCACAAGAAAGUCCCCGUUCUUAUCCAUGGCGAUAACCCCAUCUGUGAGUCCCUUAUCAUUGUUCACUACAUCGACGAGGUCUGGACAUCCGCACCUUCCAUUCUCCCUUCCGAUCCCUACGAACGCGCCAAUUCUCGAUUUUGGGCUGCCUAUGCCGACGACAAAUUUUUCCCUACCGUGAGGAAGGUGUUGGUUGUUUCAACGGAGGAAGCCAAAAGGGCGGCAAUGGCGGAGGUGUUAGAAGGUGCGGUCGUGUUGGAGGAAGCUUUUAAAAAGAUGAGCAAAGGGAAAACUUACUUUGGUGGGGAAGAGUUAGGGUACGUGGAUAUUGCGGUGGGCAGUUUCUUGGCGUGGAUUAAAGUGAUCGAGAAGUUUACGGAGACCAAGGUGGUGUCUGAGGCUAAAACUCCGAGCUUGGCUGCGUGGGCCGAUUGCUUCUCCUCCCAUGCGGCGGUGAAGGAUGUUUUCCCCGACAUUGAUAAGCUUGCUGAUUUUGGGAUGAAGCUUAGAGCCAUGUUCUUGAAAGCUGCGGCGGCAACCACCACCGAUUGAUAUGGGUUGAGCAGAAGGUCCAAAAUCUUGGACUGUGUUUUUACCUUCUUUGAUCUUGUUUGCAUUACUUUGUCUUUCAGUGAAACUGAGAAUUAUGUUUGAGAUAUGUUAUGAUAAAGAAAAUAAAAGGGUAAACUACAUUUAAAGUCA